CCAAGAUAGCUAUGCCGAUUAUAGGUGUAGUACUUGAGUACUGCAAGGCAUUCCCCCUAGUCCUUGUUCCCCAAAUUGCUGUCAAAACUAAUUGGGAGGAGGAAACUAUUUCACCUGCUUUUGAUCUUAUUCAGGACAUCACAGAAUCCAACUUGCAAGCAAGAGCCAAUCGAGCUGAUGGGAAAGUGUGAUCUUUAACAAGUUUAAAUGUAACAGUCUCCUCAAGAUGAAUGGAUGAAGCUCACACCUCGCUGCAGGUUCAGCAAGACAGUGCUGCACGAAUGUAUGAGUGACGCCUGUACUCUGCACCCAGAAGGACUAGAAAUGCCAUUGUGUAAUGACGUCAGCAGGUGGACCUGACGGCUGUUGCUGGUGUGCCGGUUACCCUCACCGCCGGGACCUGCAGUGCUAUUGCUAUGUCCCUGCCGGGAAGCAGACGGUCCUCCACUGGCUCUCGAAGCCGGGGGUUUUAUGGAAGGAGUGGCUUGGCCUCGUUCUUUAAGUCUUCAGCACCCCCUGCCACUCCGACUGAGAAACAGCCUCUUCUUCCUGCCUCCAGGCGCCCCUCUCCCCCCGUCAGCAUGCGGGACACCUACGGCACCUCUUCACUGAGCAGCAGCAGCAACUCGGGCUCCUGCAAGGGCAGCGACAGCAGCCCCACCCCAAGGCGACCCGUCAAGUACAGUCUGUGCAGCGAUAACCAUGGGAUAAAGCCCCCCACUCCUGAGCAGUACCUGACCCCCCUCCAGCAGAAGGAGGUCUGCAUUAGACACCUGAAGGCCCGGCUGAAGGACACCCAAGAGAGACUCCAGGACAGGGAUACUGAGAUUGAGGAUCUGAAGACCCAGCUCUCGAGGAUGCAGGAGGACUGGAUCGAGGAAGAGUGCCACCGUGUGGAGGCCCAGCUGGCACUCAAGGAGGCCCGGAAGGAGAUCAAACAGCUGAAGCAGGUGAUUGACACCGUGAAGAACAACCUGAUGGAGAAGGACAAAGGCCUUCAGAAAUACUUUGUGGACAUCAACAUCCAGAAUAAAAAGCUGGAGACCCUGCUGCACAGCAUGGAGAUAGCACAGAACGGGGCUGUGAAGGAGGAAGGGGCCGGGGAGUCGGCAGGGGGCUCUCCAGCCCGGUCCCUCACCCGCAGCUCUACCUACACCAAGCUGAGUGACCAGGCAGCAGGGGACAGGAACGCUGGGGACUCACAGACCCUGUCAGCUGAGGAGGUGGUGGACAGUGGUUUCGUGGCUGCAGAUGACUCGCUAAGCCGGACGGACUUGCUGGAGCAGAGCAGCCUGCUCUCAUCAGGGGUAGAGUUCUGCACCGAGGAGGGGUCUCUACAGAGCUCCUUCACGCUGGGCUCCAGACUUCCCACCAGCUCCACCUAUGAGAAACUGAUGGGUACGCAAGGCAGCGUGGAGGCUGGAGUGCAGGCGAGCUGCAUGCAGGAGCAGGCCAUCCAAACUGACUUUGUGCAUUACCAGCCGGACCUGGACACUAUCCUGGAAAAGGUCAUGAAGUCCCAGGCUUGCAGCCUGGGCAGCCCCACUUCCGUGUGGGUGUCCGAAAUGGAAGACCUGGUGCCCAGCUCCGAGACUCAGGCCCAGAACUUCUCUGGGACCACGGACUUGAUGGCGACUGAACCCAACUCCGCUGUGGCGGUGACCGCAGGAGAGGGGCCAGAGACUCCGGAGGGGCAAGAGGGCUGCCCGGGACUGGUGACCAACAACCCUGCUGUGCACCAGCCCUCUAGCACUAGCCAGUCGGUGAGCGUCAUUUGCACCCUGGAGGAAGACGCUGCCGAGCUGAGCCAAGAAGCCACAGUACCGAAAAGCUAUUGGAGCCGCCAUUUCAUUGUGGAUCUCUUGGCCGUGGUGGUGCCGGCGGUGCCCACGGUAGCCUGGCUGUGCCGUACUCAGCGGAGGCAGGGCCAGCCCAUAUACAACAUCAGCUCGCUGCUCCGCGGGUGCUGCACGGUCGCUCUGCACUCCUUACGGAAGAUCAACUGUCGCUCUGUUAGCAACGUGGGAGGUAGCAGCGGCAGCUCCCAGCCAUAACCCUUCUCUUCCACCAAGCAAACACAUUGCACAUGCUUCGAGAGCCGACUUGGUGAAACGAUCAGAAUUUCUCUGACCACUGAUUGUAAAUUCCGGACACACCAAAUGUUCGUUUUAUUUAUUUGAAGUACGUGGGCAACUUGACAUCCUCUGAUCUGCUGCAGCUAGAAUAUGCAAUUCCAGGGGGCUUGCCGGGGGCCUGAGGAAAAUGAGCUUCUGGGUUUGCUUUGGCUUCUGAGAUGUUUGAGGAAUAAAAAAGGCCAAUUCUGGAAGAGCAGAGUUGGGGGGGGGCACCCCAGCCUCCACGCUGCAGGACACUCGCCCAGCAGGUGAUGUAGCUGAUGGAUUUUGCACUGUCCGCAAGUGACGUCUGUAGCCCAGAUGUGUACUUGCCGGGUGCGUCUACACAGCGCAGCCCCCUGCGGCAGCAAGGCUCAGAGCCCGGGUCAGCGGACUCAGACUCACGCUGCAGGGCUACAAAUUGCAGUGUUGAUGUUCUCGCUCAGGCUCUGAGACCCUCCCCGCACCCGGUAUCGGAGCCCGGACCCCAGCGCCAGCCCAACAUCUACACUGGCUAUUUUGAACCUGCGGCAGAAGCCCGAGUCAGUUAACCUUACGCUCUGAGACUUGCUGCCAUGGGACUCUUUCUGCUGUGUAGACGGACCCACGGUCACUUCAUGUAGGGAGACAGAGCAUUGCAAGCCCUUCCCUGGACUGAUGGAUCCCCUCCACCCCACCCUGCCUCCCCUGACUCGUCCACUUCUGUUGUUCCCUCUGGACAUGGCAGGGCCAUUUGAAAGGUUAGCUGCCCAACUGCCCUUUUAUUGCAUUGGACUUGUUCUGACAGUUGUUCCUGAGUCCCAAGAGGAACCCGCCACGCCUGCCGUCAGUGUGAGGGGAGUCCUGCGGGUCAAACCCUGCCCAGGGCUCCGAGGACAUAGGGUAAUGGCUGUAGCAAAGACUCAUUUUAACGUGUAGAAAACAAAGGGGAACUCAAGAAGGCCUGGGCAGGAGAGAUGGGGACAAGGGCUAGAACGGGGGAGGUGCCUCUCUAGAAUAGAUGUCCUUAUUCCCAACACGCUUUGCAGAAGAAACAGGGAGAGGCCUGAAUUCCCGGUUUGCAGAGAGGCGUCUAGUCUCAAUCGGUGUGAGAGCCGGUGCAGAACGUGGCUUCCCUCCUUCUAGGAGCAGGGCUGGAGCAACGAGGGUUGCCCAAGUCUGCUCCCUUUGCCCGUGGGAGAGUCAGUGACUCCGAAUCCCUUCCCUCAGAGGACAGAGUGGACAGAUGCUUGCCUAUACAUUCACUUUGGAAACCACGUGAAUGUCACUCCCUUAUCCUUGGCCCCUCCUGGGGAUUUGGACCUGUUGGUUCAAGUCCUGCUUUGCUGACCCAGUUCUAAAACUUUUUGCCUCCUGGAAGAUGUGACAGUAAGGGCCCGGUGGCCAAGCGAGAGAAGCCAGAUAUACCUCAUGUGACGCUCCAGAGCCGCCUGCUAUAUCUCUGGGCAGUAUUACAUAUGCACCCGGGUUGCCCAUGGGGAGAACUCCUUAAGUUCUGUAGCUUUCAUUCCGUGCUUUGCACUAUGUUCACUUUUUGCAAACGGAAGCUCCAUUGUAGAGGUUUCUCUGCUGCAGGUUUCGAUGACAGGCUGACGUCUGC